AUGGCCUCUACUACGACGCGCUCUUCCAAAAAGCUCAUUCUGGUGAUCGGCGGUACAGGGGCGCAAGGAAUUCCCGUUGUCCAAGCUCUUCUAGCCCCUGCCUCUGAUGGUGCACCAUCGCCUUACGCCGUUCGGGUGUUGACUCGCAACCCCGACAGCUCGCGCGCUCAACAGCUGACUGCGCAAGGCGUAGAAAUAUUCAAAGGCAGCACAGAUGACUUUGAUAGCGUGUACGCCGCGCUGGAUGGCGUGUACGGCGCAUUCGUGAACACUGAUAGCUUCACGAUUGGCGAAGCCAAGGAGAUCUACACCGGGAUGCGUAUUUUCGAGCUGGCGAAGCAGAUUGGAACGCUCAAGCAUUACGUUUGGAGCGGACUUGACUACUCGUUCAAGGUACGAAGUUACGAUCUUAUCUACCGUUGCGAGCACCACGAUGCUAAAGGCCGCGUGGGCGAGUGGAUGCGUGCUCAGCCGUCCGUUGUUAGCGACCGAGCCAUGUCGUGGAGCAUUCUGUCCACGAUGGUCUAUAUGGAGAUGCUUACAAUUAACAAACGCGCAGACGGGACGUACGUAUUUGCUGCGCCGAUCGGCGAUGGACACAUACCUAUGCAUCAGGAAAACGUCACGGACUUGUACAGGUACUUGGGGUACAUCUUUGACAACUGCGAGAAGACAUCUGCACAGGAACUCGAGAUCGCGAGUGACUGGGUCGAUUGGAAUCACCUUGUCUCGACUUUCAUCAAGGUCACGGGGAAGCCCGCCGUAUACGUACCGGUUUCCCUCGACGAAUGGUUCAACUUUUGGGAUGAGGACGACAUUAACAGACCUAUCGCGACCGAACGUUUCAGCGCCCCUCCCGAUGGCUCAACUACGUGGAGGCAGAACUUCACGUGUUGGUGGUCGCAAUACAGGGAUGACAUCAUCAAAAGGGACUUCAAGUGGCUCAGGCGCGUUAACCCAGAUGGACAUAACCUGGAGAGCUGGAUGAGGGCAACAGGUUACACGGGGGAAUACAGCGCCGCGUUGCUGAAGAAUGCCGAGGACGGCAAGUCACCUCGGCGCAACUUGGAGCGCGUUUCUCGGAUGUAA